AUGAAUCAAAUGAAUAGCAGUAGCGGCGGAUUGCCAAAGAGUUUAUAUUCAUCAUCAUCAUCAACAUCAGCAUCGACAAUGAUGGUGAAAACUAAUUCGAAUUCAACUUGCAGAAUUUCGUCACCCCGAUCACCAUCACCGCCAUCAUUUUUGUUGAAAGGAAUUCAAGAUAAAAUUAAACGUAAUGAAUUUAGUAAAUUAGAACAAUUAUUGGCUGCUAAAUUACAAAGUAAAAUUCCAAAUAAACCGAAACAAUCAAAACCGAUCCAAAAUCAUCAUUGUAAUAAUGAAUUAUUGAAGAAUUUUUGGCCUAAUCAUCAUUUGAUUGAUGAAAAAUCGAAAAAAUGUUUAGCUAUAAAAAGUUUAUCAAUAAAAUUACAUGAAAAACGUUUAAGACAAAUAUUCCUUAGAGAUCAAACUGGAUGUUUUUUAGUUUGUUUAUUGGAACAUGAAAAUCGUUUAAUUGAAAAGCCGAUAAUAUUCAUCAAUGAAUGGGAUAUUGAUGAUCAAUUGAAUGAUACAAUUACUAUUGAUAUUAAUGAAAUAUUUAAUAUUGAUGAUGACGAUGACGACAACGAUGAUAAUGAUGAUAAUAAACAAGACUUUAUUGUUACAAUAAAAAUAUUUUUCAUGUUUCAUCCGAUCGACAAUCGACAACAACAACGAAAACGACGUCAGGAAAUUAAUUGGAAAAAAUUUAUUCCCAUUAGAGGAUUAAUGACAAAAAUUGUAUCAUCAUUAAAGAAACGAAAACGAUUAGAUGUAAAACAAAUUGAUUUAACUUCAGUUGCACGUUGUUUAAAUCAACAACAACCGAUUAAUAGUAGUUUUCAAUUGUUGGGACAAAUAAAAUUAGAUUAUUCGAAUUUGGGACAACAGCAACGACCAUUUCGUUUAGAAAAAUUUAAUUAUUGUUGGUAA